GCGGAUCGGACUUCCUCUCCUCCUCCCCCUCCUCCUCCUCGUCUUCCUCCUACUACUACCUUCUCCACCACUGCGCCCCGCCUGCUCGUCGCGUUUCUCGUUCGAAAGUUCCUUCAACAUGGCAUCAACUCCUACCGGCGCCCCGCCCGUGGAGACCCCACAUGACAACGGUGGUGGUGGAGGCGGUGGACCGACUAGUAGUCCUCUACUGUUCUUCGUUGCAUUGGGUUUUGGUGUUGUUUUUACGAACUUGUGGAUUAUCGUCGGUGUCAAGUACUGCUUUCGGUACAAUGCGAGACAGCGAGCGCGAGCCAACGGCGACGAGGAAGUUGUCGACUUGCAGGCCAUGCCGCGACCGCACCGACGACGUAGAGAGAAGAAACUGAUGACCCUGGACGAGGUCAACGAGCGCUUCCCCACGAUAAAGUACAAGACUUGGCAGGCUCAGAGGGAAGCCGCGGGACUACCUUCAGAGGGUGGAAUCACGACCGCACCCAACAGCAGGGCGGGCAGUAUUCACCAUGUCGAGUCGGCUGUCAGCGAGCAGUCGUCGCCGGGCUGUGGGAACAGUGACGACCGCGACGGUUCGACGCCCAAGGUCGGCACCCUCGCGAUGCCUGCUCCUCCUGCUGCCGCGCAUGUGGUGGACAAGGAAACGGGGGCUUCGACAUCUGUGGCCGAGGCUCAGUUGUUGGGCAUAAUUGAGGACGAGAAGGUGUCCGUGAAGGACAAGAGGAUGUCGGACAUCUCGGAGAUAGAACAGGGCAAGGACAAGGACAACGAGGAAGACGACGACGACGAUCACGAACACCCCGUUCCCGCCGAGCUACUCAAGUCCGCCGGUGACGCCUGCGCGAUCUGUCUAGACACGAUCGAGGACAACGACGACAUCCGCGGCCUCACCUGCGGACACGCGUUCCAUUCGGCGUGCCUGGACCCGUGGCUCACCAACCGUCGCGCCUGUUGCCCGCUCUGCAAGAAGGACUACUACGUGCCAAAACCACGGCCCGAGGGAGAGGCCCAGUCGUCGGACGCACACGGUGGUCCCUCGCGGUCGGAACGUAAUCGCCGACAGCGACAAGCCGCAGCUCCGCCGACUGGCAUGUUUACGGGCGCCCCAUUUCACCGCCGACUCUUCUUCUCUUCGAAUCGGCUCGCGUCGUCGUCUACGGCUGGCCGCAACGAUGGACGGAAUGGGGUAAGAUCUUCGAGAACGUCACCACGGCCGCAGAACCCGCCUCCUCCCCAACCACAACAGGGGAGUAGUCGGUGGAACCAUUUCCAGCGCCCAGCAUUCCUCAACCGCGGAAGAAACGUGGACAGGACCACGGCUCCACCGGAUGUGGAGGCGGGCACCGCGAGGCGUUAGUCAGCAGGGGAAGCAAAACUUUUGGGUGGUCAGGCCAUCGUAUAUUGAGCCGAAAUCGACAGAUAUGUUUCCAUAGCUGUUGCUUUUCGGACGGUCUUUUGUAUUCUUCAUC